AUGUCACUUCUGCUCCUUCCUACCCUCGCUGUUGCCGGCGGUCUUCUCGUCGGUCCCAACGUGGUGAAAAUCACCAAACCGUGGAAUGAUGUCUUUCCCUACAAGAACUUCAACCGUAACGUGACGGUUCCAUUCUGGGAAACAGACCUUCUCCCGGAGCCUGACUACUCGGAGAUCGAAGAGGACCUAGAGACAAUUGCGAAUGCCUCGUUCGUCGUCUACGACGAUGCUUUCUACAAGCUCCUCGGAAUAGCAAACCACACCGAACAGAAAAUAGUUGAAGAAAUAUUCACUUUCCCAGCGCCCCCCAACUAUGCUCAACGCCAGAUUCACGACGGCUCCGUGUACGUCCUCGAGACGGACACGAUCUUCGUCGCGGAGCUAUUUUCCCCCAGACCUGGCUAUGGCAUGCAAGCGAUUCCCUACGUGUGGAAAAUUGAUAUCUCAAACCAUUCCUCUCCGGUCGUCCAGAAGGCCUACCCAGAUCCGCCACUCACCAUCGCCAACGGUGCCACGUACUUCAAUGGCUCCGUCUACUGGGCCCAUGAAGGCAACUACACAACGCCCAGCGCGAUCGUACGAAUGGACCCAACCACAAUGAAGACAGAAAUAGUAAAGAACAAUUUUUACAGCCACCGGUUCAAUUCCCUCAACGACGUCGUAAUAUCCCAGAGCGGCGUCGCCUUCUUCACAGACGGUUACUACGGGUACGAUAACUUCAACGAUACGCUGUUCCCCGAGCUUGCAAACGGCGUGUACCGGUGGGACAUGCAAAGCGGGAACAUAAAAAUGGUAGCCGGCGCUGCAGAGGGCUCAUUUUUCAAUCCUAAUGGGCUCGCACUAAGCAGCGAUCAGAAUAAGCUCUUCAUCACGAACCGGGGGGAGUCGAGCUCAGAUCCACACGGAGGUCGGACGAUCUAUGCAUACGACGUGCACGAGAGCGGGAUUUCGAAUCAGGAGAUCUUUGCGUAUGCUGAUGCGGGAUUUCCUGACGGGAUAAAGACGGAUCACGAAGGGAGGGUUUAUGGCGCUGUUGUUGGGGCUGUGGAUGUUUUUGAUCGCGCGGGGACGCUGUUGGGGAGGAUCAAGGUUGAUCGUGACGAUGUGGCCGUGAAUAUGGCGUGGGCGGGGAGAUGGCUGUAUAUCUUCGGAAGGAAUAAGAUCUAUAGGGUGGAGCUUGAAACCCAGGAGAGCUGA